GCAAAAGUUUCUUUUAUGCAUUCUGGUGGAACAAAAUCCUUUAUUCAAUACUUACAUGAAGAGGUAGUAUUUUUUUUUCGUAUAAUAGCAUUAAAAUAUUAUUAUAUUUUAAUUUUAUUUAUUAUUUAAAUGUAUUACAGAAAUCAAAACAAAGCAUAGGUGAUGAAGUACAACAACAAACUAUGAAGUGUGGAGAGAUCGAAAUGUUUCGAAAAACUCAUUAUACGAUUGAGAAUGGAUGGAUCAACGAAAUAGCCAAGGAAAAAUAUGUAUGUUAACUUUAAAAGUUAGUAAUUUUAUUUAAUCGUUUUUGUAAAAGUAAUAAUUCAUUAUUUUAUUGUUAUUGUAGAAUGAAAUGGUUGAGUUGCGACGAGAUAAACUUAUUCAAUUUGAAGAUGGCUUGCUACUAGUAGUUGAUGAGGCUGCUAUAUAUAGGCAGGUGUUAGGUGAAGGAAAAUACGGUUGGUUACGAGGUUUAGGUCCUACACCUGGAAAAAAGAUCUCAGUGGAAUUAUCAUCCAAACAUAAAGAGAUUGAAGAAGAACGUUUGGACAAAUUAGAGAAAAUCAUUGAAGAUCUAAGGAAGGACCAAGAUAAUAAUGUUGCAAGAAUCGUUCAAGAGAAUAUGAAAAUAUUCUAUGAAUCACAACAAGGCAGAUUAUUAGAGGAACGAUCAUCAGAGUCACCAAUCAGAAUUCCAUCAAUGGAUAAACAAAAUAGUUUUUUCACGCAACUGGAGCCAAGUAAAGAAAAAGAUCAACCCUCAUCUUCACAAAAACCCACUAAAUCGUCCUCAAAUUUAGAAGAAGUGCGAGAUUCUCCAAUUAAAUUUGAGAUUCCUAAGGACACUCCAAAGGGUGUAAAAGUUGCAUUAUUAGCUAAAUUUUGGAUAAUGAUGAAUGUUUACAUAUUUCACCUAUUGAUGUAA